AUACAAGCUUAAUGAAAAGUCAACAAAUGCAACAUUCACACUUUGAAUUCUGAAUGUAGUAUAAUGGCUACCAACUCGGAGGAUCAGGAGACCUCAUCAUCUGUCUCCAAGGUACCCUCUGAGAUCAAGCUGUCUUAUGAUGUGGAGUGUGUGCUCGGCCGGGCUAUGUCCGCCGGUCCGGGUCGUGUGGCUAUCCAGUCAGGUCACUAUCGUGGGAUGAUCUCUAGGAAACAUGCAACCAUCAGAUACAACAGCAAGCUCUCUCAGUGGGUCUUGAAAGAUAUCAAGAGUAUGAAUGGCGUACAUGUCAACGGUGCUCAAAUAGAAAGUAACAAAAACCGGGUGAUUAAAAAUGGCGAUAAAAUUGUUUUUGGACUUAAUACCGACCUCAACGAACUCAUCUAUAUAUUCCAUAACAGGAAGAACGAUGGGCCCAAGUUAACCCUGGUGAGAGACAAAGCUGCUGUUCCUCGCUGUAACAGAAUGAGAUUAGGAGGCCGUGGUCCACCGAGUCAUGCCCCAUCACGCACACCCUCAAUGUCACCCCCCUUAGAACCAAUACCUACUCCAACCAUCAAACCUGCUGUUCCUCGAAAGAGGGUCUUUAUGAGUGUAGGAGGUCGUGCCCCAUCACGCACACCCUCCACGGAACCUCCCUCUGGACCAACCCUCGGCAAGAGGACCGUCCCUACCAGUGUAGGAGGUGCCUCCUCCACAACACCUCCCUCUGGACCAAUACCUACUCCAACCCUUGGCAUGAGAAGUAGUGCCGCUGAUAGUCCACUUACAACUUCAGAAGAGUCUCUGAUAUUAUCAACUGAAGAUGUGUUCACAAGUCCACCAUACAAGAAGCAGUGCACUCUGACCUCACUAGACUGCCUGUUUGAUACAGCAACAACAGAAACUUCGACUAAAAUGGACGAUGAAUUAUUUGGUGCAAGCCCUCGCCUCACACCACAAGCCAGAGCCGUGCUGAUGGGCAUUAAAGUAACGGCUACUGAGAUCCAAGUACUCAUGGCCAGAGAUGAAGUGGAGAAAGAAAAGCAAAUGAUCGAAUCGAAAUACCAAGUGUUGAAAAAUGAACUCAAAGUUAAAGAUCAAAAGCUUGUGGAGAAAGAAAAGAAAGAAGUGAAAGUUACCAAAGCCAUAGAGCAAGAGUUUGUGUGUGCGAUAUGUCAGGAGUUGUUCAUCCGUGCUCUCACCCUCUCCUGUUCUCAUUCAUUCUGUGAAUGGUGUAUGAAUCAAUGGAUGAGCAAGAGUCAUUCCCCUGAGUGCCCAGUGUGUCGAUCACGCAUCCAUCAAGCACCAGUCCGCUCUCUGGUUAUAGAUAAUGUUAUUAAACGUCAUGUGAGCAGUUUACCAAUUGAGCAACGAGCUCUGAGACGUACAAUGGAGAUUGAACACUGCGUGGCUAUGGGCGUGGCACCACCGCCUCCAGAACCUGACCAUAAGAAGCGUGAGGAGUCCUCUCUCGGAUCAGCAGAGGAACCUAUUGUCAUCGCCAACUGAUUGAACAAAGUAGAAUAUGGACAGUUUUGAUUUGAUGAACACUUGUGCAGGUCAUUCAAAUUUGAUUGUGUCAAACGUUGUCUUACAGUACUGGUUGCUGUUUUGUUCAGUAAUUUCUGUAUAAUCAUUGUCACUAUUGAAUACACUCCAUUAAUCACUCAUUGUGUCAAAUUAAUAUUAUUUUCAUGUAGUA